ACCCAUAUUUAUUUUUAAGGUUGAGGUUUGGAGAACAUUUUAUGUUUUGGUUGGUGUUUUAGUUGUUUUUAUUGUUUGUUUACCGCUUUGGUGUCUAUGAACAUUCACACAAAGCAGAGACGGCUCUGCCUGAGAUAUAACCUCAGGGCAACAAAAACCCCUAUUGCGGUGUACCUGAGAUUUGUUAACGCAGCUGAGGAUGACGGGCAGCUCUGCUAAUGUGCUUCCUGGCCUUCUACCUGUAGUUCGCCACCACAAGUGACCACUAAAGACCACAGUGGGGAGUAAAAUCUGUAAUGCACUGAGGCGAGCAUGGAGACCACGGGCAGCUCCACCGAAGGCGACCCUCUGAAGGCCGGGGAGGAUCAGGCGGAGACAGGAAUCGGGCCCCCCGUAACGGAGCUGAAGAAGAAGAAAAGUUGUAAGGAAGUCUUGGGUUUCUCCAAACCCAACCAUUGGCGAACGGCAGUCUUCUUCUUCUCCCUGUUCCUCUGCCUCACCAUAGUGUUUGCCUUCUCAUUCAUCAUCCCCUGUCCCGUCCGACCACAGUAUCUCAGCACCUGGAACAGGACUUUCUCUGAAGCAGUGACCUAUGACUUCUUAGCUAUUGAAGACGCAAACAAAGACAAUGUGAUGGAUGUCCUGUUUGUCCUCAAAAACACAGAAAUAAGUCUCAACAAAACUUGUACUGAUGCAGGUCUUCCCUCGCCGUGUGUGUUCGUGUUGGCAGUGGCCGGGACGGAUGGAGAGACCCUGUGGGGGCGCCCGCUGGUCCCCGAGUUCCACUGGGCCCAGUGUGGUCUGGAUGAAGAAAAGGGCAGAAGCUGGCACUGCCUGCUGUCCCAUUCUGACCAGCUCACAGCUGUUGACAAAUACACUGGUGAAAUCAAGUGGCAGCAGCCUCGGCCUCCCGGUCUGAACAGCACUGUCCCGGUUCUUAUUGUCCCAGAUCUGGAUGGGGACAAGGUCAGCGACCUGGCUCUGGUGGCAUCUGACAUGACGCAGACUCGGCUGGCAUUCCUCUCAGGGAAGACGGGGGUCCAGAUAGGGUCCACGGUGGUUCUUGACACCCUAGAGAGGGCCAAUCAUCUUCUCCAUUGCAAUACCGACGGCUCUUACUAUGUGCUAUUACAAAAAGACUCUGGCUUGUACGGACUGGGUCUGUGGAGGAUUGCUGCAAAAGCCGGCAUGAAGGAGAGCCUCAACAAGGACAAACGGUGGGAGAAGGAAGCCAACGCGACAUCUGGCCUUGUCCCCAUCUAUGAGUCCGAUCCAGUGAGACGAGUUCUCAGAGUAGGACUAACCGGCUGUGCACCCAACCUGCUGCUGGUGACUGCCAACGGGCUGGCCUUAGUGGAUGGGAAACACCUGCAGCUACUGUGGAGAUUCAAUACGAGCACAAUCCUCAGCGAGCCGUCCUUCGGCCACUUCAACAAAGACGAUGUCCUGGACGUUGUGGUCGAGGAGGAUAUCGGCAACUACACCAAGAGGGUCCUGAUUCUUGACGGGAAGUCGGGUGGUUUGCUGUGGCAGGUCAGCCUCCUGGCGAGUCCCAACUCGCCCAGACCCGCCGCCAUACACACCAUCAACUCCUUCUCGGUCUUCAUGUUCUGGGGCGCGAUGCCCUCACAGGCCAACUCGUCGGAACCGUUUUUAAGUGAUCGUCAUUCUUACCUGCUCCACCCUCUCUACUCUGGAGUCCUCCUCCAAUCCACCAACGUCAUGGACCACAUCAUAACCUUUCAUGCCACUCUGCUGGAGAACGGACGCCACGCCGCCUACAUCCUGCUGACGGGGGCCGGCGCGGAGGGAGCCGACGGCACCGUGGUCCUCAGCAAGCGAAAGAUGAAGCAGGACGUCCAGGACAGCCGAGUGAUCCACAUCGGUGCCGGCGGCAGCGCGGCGACCAGCGAGGAGAUCCGAGACGCCUUCGGGCGGCUCCGCUUCAGCGAUUGGUGAAAGGACGGCGUGUAGAGUUCAUCCUGCCCCGCGCGGGGGGGGGGGGGGGGGGGGGUCGAAACCAAAGUGUGUACCCGAGCCCUGCUUCCCAACUGCUGACAACCAAAACAUCCUUUGGUGUUUAGUGGGUUGAGCUAAUUUGACGGAGCUCUUCCAUUCUGUUCUCAGACUUUACUGCUCACUUUACUACGUGAGGCCCAACACGUCGGCUCCGUCCUGCUGAUUUAGUUCCUGCCUUGCGGCACCGGUUCAGUAAUGCGAUGCUCUUUUUUAGUUUAAUUAGAGAGGCUGGAUAAUCAUUUGAAUCUCUGCAUCUUGGUCACACCGUGCUUCGACAGCAGCAGGUGCUGGUUUGAGGGAUAUUUUGAGUGACAGCAGUCUAAAAGGCACAAUCCUGGGGCUUUUCUUUUGGUACCUUUUUAACAGGAAGAUGUACUUGUGGUUACACUAUGCUGACACUGUGGUUACAUUUAUUUAAUCACGGGAUCUGUUCGUCAUGUUCGUGGUCAAUGUUACGGUUGUCGAUAAUCACUUUGCGUUUUAUCUUUUUCAAUCCAAGAUGCUGUAACUCGUUUUGCUGUUUAAUUCACACGGAGGUAACCUCCACCUUGAGGUUGAGGCUGUCCUUAGUAGUUAUAUUAUAUCGGGGUUUUAUUCCGGUGAUUUGUUUUGCUACAGGUUAAUGUGGUGAACCUUAGGAUCACAGCUGACGUUUCUCUUGAUUUAUUUUGAGCAAUAUUAAACUAUUUUAAAAUA